AUGGCGACAACAAAUAUAACGGGAACAGUCAACAUUCUCCUCUCCAUCACAGCAAUUCUAGGGAAUUCGCUUAUCCUUGUUGCCCUUCACAAGGAAUCUUCCCUCAAUCCGCCAUCCAAACUCUUGUAUCGUUGCCUGGCAACAACAGAUCUGUUGGUUGGUCUUGUUAGCCAGCCUCUCCAUGCUGCAUAUUGUAUAUCCGUGGUUCUAGAACACUGGAGUAUUUGUCGAUACGCAAGGGACGCAGGGUACAUGGCAAGCUAUGCAUUAUGUGGAGUGUCUUUGUUGACGUUGACAGCCAUAAGCGUGGACCGACUUCUCGCCAUGUUGUUGCGACUGAGAUAUAAAGAGAUUGUGACUUUGAGACGCACGUAUAUCAUUUUAGCUAUCGUUUGGGUUGUAUGUCUAGUCGCUGGUUUAUUCUCUCAUCUCAAUUACCGCAUAGCCCUUUGGUACAGCUUUAUAAUCAUACCAUCUUGCCUGAUAAUCUCAAUCGCCUCGUACAUAAGGAUUUUCCGCGCUCUCGGUCAUCAUCAGGCUCAAAUACAAGAUCAUGCUCGACAACAGCCGAGCCAAGCAAAUGUAAUGAACAUGGCGCGAUAUAGAAAGGCAGUGUACAGUGCAUUGUGGGUGCAGUUAGCUUUAGUUGUCUGUUAUAUACCAGAACUUACAGUGAAAAUUGUGAUAUCUCUUUGUACAAAGCGAUGUUCGAAUUUCUUUAUAAUCCAGGGAAUGACAAUUCUCUUACUGUUCUUUAACUCUACUUUAAACCCGUUCCUUUACUGCUGGAGGAUAAGUGAAUUGAGACGAGCAGUAAAGCAGACAAUCAGACAAGGAAUCUGCUAUACAGAGAGGUAG